CUUACUACUGCUUCACAAGUUCCUUCUCGCAGAACUCCAGUCCUGGUGGCUCCUCAGAAGGUGACUGUGCUUCCAGAGCUGCUCCAGACAUUGCUGUGUGCCUGAUUCAUUCCUGCUGGGGGAGGCUGUGCACAUUGGCUCGUACUGCCCCUUGCAUACUUGGAGGUGUCUGGUGGCAUUACACUUCAUAGUUAUCAUCUGCCCAUCCAGUAAGCAGCUAUGGUGGGGAGGCUCAACCUGCAGGAUGUCCCCGAUCUGCUAGACAUGAAGAAGAAGAGUGACAGGGUCCUGGACAGUCCUGACUCGGGACUUCCUCCAAGUCCUUGUCCCAGCAACUGGCUCCUGAAUUCAGUCUCAACUGAGAAGUCAUCUGACCAAGACAUCUCCGGCCAUUCCCUGCAGGUGAGUACAUCACCAUCCCUGAGCCUGUCAAGCAGCUACACCCCACGGCUUUGUCCUCUGUCAUUUGGAGAAGGUGUGGAGUUGGACCCAUUGCCACCCAAGGAGAUAAGGUAUACUUCUUCAGUUAAAUAUGACUCUGACAAGCAUUUCAUUGACAAUAUAUACAUGCCAAUAGGACUGGGAGUCUCUUCAUGUAGUCAGACUGUGAUCUGUGUUCCUAACUGUACAUGGCGCAACUACAGAGCUGAAGUUCACUUUGAACCGAAGAACAAACCUCAGAGAUUCAUGAGCACCACAAUUGUGUAUCCAAAGCACACAAAAACAGUGUACACUACUACUUUGGAUUACAACUGCAAGAAAUGUAUGAGGCGCUUCCUCUCCAGCGUAGAGCUUGAGGCAACUGAACACGUGGGCAAUGAAUGCUUUGUGGAUGAAUAUUAAUUGCUUGUAUGCCCAACUCUCUGCCUUACAAAGAACAUGGGGCCUUUGAACAACUUCAGACUGGCAGAACCUACCGAAAUUCCUUUAAAGGUUCUGAGAUGAUAACAUAUAUAUGUGAAAGUCUUUGGCCCAGAAAAUACAAACUUACCUACAAAUACUGAAGCCUAAUUUGGGUGACUGUGUAUUCCGCAGAAUGACUGCUGAUACAUAUUUUUUUUCUUACCCAUACUCAUAGCACUGAAUGCUUGGGACAUUUAUAUGACUGUGAACAUAGAAACUAUACUCUUAGGGCCAAAACCAAAGGGUAUUAUGCAAUCCGGAACAUUGUAGAGGGAAAAUACUCUCUAAGCCUUCCUCUUUGAGAAGAUCACCCCCUUGUCCAGACUAAAUUUUGUGUCACCGAUUUUUGGUUACAUCAUGUAUUCUGAAUUCUGGUCAUCUUCUUUGAGAAGACCAUCUCCCUAAAAGGCCACUUUAUGUGCAAUUUUGGGUGGUCAAAGAGGUUUCACAUCUCCCCAUACAAAUGUAUUGGACACUAAAAUAAAAGAAAAUGUAAAAUAAUUGCCACAUCUUUUUUUUUUAUAUGAACAGUUAUAAAAAGAGGGAUAUCUAGGUCUUGGCCUAUGAACAACAUUAUAUUAUCUCCACAGAAGACUAUAUAAAUGACUAAGAGGCAUAUAAUUGGUUCAUGUAUGGAACUCGUAAUUGUAAAAUCUGACCAAAUUGGUAUAAAUACACAUGGUAUAUCCAAACCUACAGGGGCAACGUCAUUUCUCUGAGAACUUCUAUUUGGUUUUUGGGUAUUCUGUUUAAUUUCAUAUCCCUUCCCUUUGCAUAAAUAAUAAAUCACUUAAAUGGGCAAACAUGUCAAUUUGUUUAUUCUUCAUGUAUAUUUGAUCUACAUCAGUGUUCAUAGAAAGCGGGAGUAAUGGUAAGUGUGCAAUGGUGGUGGGACAAGGAAAGAGAAGUUUCUUUGGAGGAUAAUCCCAGUAUCUGUGGAGAGGCUGCAAACAACUGAGGUGGGAGAGUCUGUCUACAGGACAAAUAUUAGUUCUGCAUUUCACAAAUCUGGCCUUUAUGAAAGAGUGGUAAGAAGAAAGCAGUGAGCUACUGUUUUGAGUUCGCCACAAGCCAUGUCGGAGACACAGCAAACAUGUGAAAGAUGGUGCUCAGAUGGGAUCUAUACUGAACCAUUGUCCUCAAGUGCAAAAUACUGUGUGUGUCGGAAACUCAACACUGUGAAACAUGGUGGUGUAGCAUCAUGCUGUGGAGAUGCUUUUCUUUAGCAGGUGCAGGUACAAGCUGGUCUGUAUUGAUGGAAAUAUGAAUAUAGGGCAAUCCUUGAAGAAAAUCUAAUGCAGUCAGAGGUUCAUCUUUCAGAAGGACAAUAGGGGAGAUUUAUCGGA